UCGCUCGCAGCAACAUACACCGCGCGGAUAACGCCGGCAUCGCCGUACAGUCGGUCCGGGGCUCCACGCGAGCUCUCACGUACGCUCUGGCGUGGCCGAACUCCGCAUACGUUUCCGUGUAACUCAAUAAUUCACAAACUGCAAUCCCGCGUAGCCUUGCCAUACACAAGCAUCCAGUCAAACGAGCUACAUGUGUCAAUUUUGCAACGCGAUUUCGCGCCGCACAGCAGCAAUCACCGUGCCCAAAAUUUCAAGUCAAACUUUAGCGGAGUUUUGAAAUUGGACGUUGAAGUUAACGGAUCGAUGGUAGUGUGAUAGUUGACGGUAAACGGCUUUGGAUUCUCGUACAAGUGUGAUGUUUUGAUUGCUGGAAAAAUGUUAUCAAUGGAGUCUCUUUGGUCGGGGUCGGAGAGCGAGCUGACGACGCUGCGGUUGUGCAAGAGCGCCGUGGAGAGGACCGAGUACCGGCUCAGUCGCCGCAAGCCUUCCAAGAGCCUGAUCCCGCAGGCCUUGCUGCACGCUCUGCCGGAGCCGCAGCCCAAGGCUCACCGCCGGCGGCGAUCUGGCACAUGGCCGAGAACUAGAUCUCUGAACGCCCCCUCGCCUAUACAACAGUUCGGACCAUGCGGCAGGAUAAUGAAAAACUCGGCAAUGGUAAUGCAGAUCCAGGACCCGGCGUCGCAGCGGCUGACGUGGUACAAGCCGCCGCUGACAGUGCUGGUCAUCAAGAAGGUGCACGACGCCACCAUCUUGGCGCCCUUCGUGCAGCUCGUGCACUGGCUGGUUCAUGACAAAAGCAUGGUAGUGUUCGUAGAAGCAGCGGUGCUGGAUGACACGCUGCUGGCGUCAUACGGCGACUUCUCGUCGGUGCGCGAGCGCCUGAUGACCUUCCGCGCGGGUACCGACGACCUGACAGACAAGAUCGACUUCAUCAUCUGUCUAGGUGGAGACGGCACUUUGUUACACGCCAGCUCGCUGUUUCAGCAAUCGGUCCCUCCUGUGAUGGCAUUCCAUUUGGGCUCGCUAGGAUUCCUCACGCCCUUCGAGUUCAACAACUUCCAGGAGCAAGUUAUGAACGUUCUAGAAGGUCACGCGGCGUUAACGCUGCGAUCGCGACUGCAAUGCGUGGUGCUGCGCAAGAGUAAUGACCACAGCAGCGACAAGAAGAAGCCCACCACUAUUCUAGUACUUAACGAGGUGGUGGUGGACCGCGGGCCCUCGCCCUACCUCUCCAAUAUAGACUUAUUCUUGGAUGGGAAACACAUUACCUCUGUGCAAGGAGACGGCCUGAUCGUGUCGACGCCUACCGGUAGCACAGCAUACGCGGUGGCAGCGGGCGCCAGUAUGAUCCACCCUUCGGUUCCAGCCGUGAUGGUCACACCAAUCUGCCCACACUCGCUGUCCUUCCGCCCCAUCGUCGUACCGGCUGGCGUCGAGCUCAAGAUCGCACUGUCCCCGGAGGCGCGGAACGCCAUGUGGGUGUCGUUCGACGGUCGCAGCCGCCAGGCGCUUCAACACGGAGAUAGCCUCUACGUGACCACGUCGGUGUACCCGGUGCCGUCGAUAUGCGCACAAGACCAGAUCUCGGACUGGUUCGAUUCCCUGGCGGAGUGCCUGCACUGGAAUGUUCGCAAGAAGCAGAAGCAUAUGGAUGAGCUGAGUGACUUCACGCACUCCUCAAGUGACACUCUCGACGACCUCGAGCAGAACCACGACGCUCCCGCCAACGCACACGCGUGACUCGCCUCAGCCACUGUGGCGUGACAGCCACAGCCACUGCGGCGCGAAGCCACCCGGCAACGAAGUUGACAACAACCUUUAUAAGGCAUCGACUGACUCAACUUAGUGUUUUCAACUCACGAUAGCCACUAUAAUAAUGUUCGUAAUCACAUCACUAGAGCUAGGUAUUGCCUUCGGUCGUGACGUCACUGUUGCAAGCACUAAAUUGAAACGCCUCUAUUCCACAGGGUCUCAUUCUCGAAAGGCGAAAGAUAGUUACGAACCUCGUGUUAGCAUGUCGAUAGGUUAAGUUUUUAUAUCGCAUAGGUGUGUAAGGCAGUGGUUAUGUUCGUUGCGCGCGAAAUUGUUGUUAACUGAGCUAUAUUGCUCGUCGUAUGUUAAAAGAAUUAUUGUUGGACUUAUUUACAUUCCCUUAAAACAAUGUAACCUACAUGGCGCAUUGAACUGUUCGUAUUUUUUUCUACACGAAGGCUUUUAUUUCCAAUAAAGUUAUUUUUAUUUAACGAAAGGUUACAACUGAAUAUUUUACUUUUGUAGUUGGAGCUCAAUAUACAGGGUUUCCCAUAAACAAUGGAUAACCUUGUAACUAUCGAGAAGCCGCACAUGGCCUCUAAUAUUUAAUUUUGGCCAGGUAAAAGUACCUAUCAUGGUUUUCGAGAUGUUUAAGUUUUUUGUAUUUUUAGAAAAUUACCACCUGCGAUUACGAUGCGAUGUAAUGUAAUAAAAUUAUCUUUUAUUUUCUUUUUUUUAAUACAUUUGAAAUAAUUUUCUAAAAAUACAAAAAAAAAUCUUGAAAAGUUUGAUACCAAGGUCCAAAUUUGAUAUUAGAGAGAUCAUGAAGAGGCCUAUCGAUGGCUGCAGGGUUAUCCAGUGUUUUGGGACACCCUAUAGACUCCCACUUAAAAUGAAAAUGGGACAACAUUUGGAUUAUUGCUUCUGAAUUUAAGUUUAUAUUCCAAAACGUUGUGGUGCUACCUAAAUAUUUCAGUGCCAAUAUAAAUAAGAAUAAGAUUUGCCACUGGUGUUCAACGGAGCACAAAAAUAGGUGUAUUAACUCUUGCAUAAUUUUAGGUUGCGUUUCAAUAUUUUUAUAAGUGCAGGGGUUGGAUUGUUCCUAGGUAUUUAAAUAGGGUUUGCAUAUACCUAAAAUGAUCGUUAUCUUCUCUGUACAAAGUGUACAAAACAGAUUUGUUAAUCCAAACUCCAAAGGACUGGAGUAUGUUUGAUUCUUUUAAUUUUGUCUGUUAUUUGAAUGGAGGUUUGUUUGGUGUUCACAAGUUUAAAUAAGAUGAAAUGUAUAUAUGUUUUACUAUUGUAAAUUAUACAAAUUUGACUUUAAA